UGAGUUCACUUUCUUCCAAAAGGGUGUGGUGGUGGGCUAUCAUUUCCUUUCCAUGCAAGGACAAAUUCUUUGAUAAAUGUGAGAGAGAAAGAAAGACAGAAAACAGAGAGAGAGAGAGAGAGUGAGGUUGGUGCGUGGUUUGUAAGUUGGUUGUAUGCUAUUGCUGAUUUUAAUUUACAGUGAGCACAGGAAAGAAGAGGUAAAGAAGAGAGAAGUGUCAACACAAAACACAAACACAAACAUGUUCGAUGGAGUACCUGACCAGUUCCACCAAUUCAUAACUCCAAGGACCUCACUGCCCCUUCACUUACCUUUCCCUCUUCAUGCUUCUGGCACCCCCAAUACCACCUUCCCUUCCAAUUUUGAUCCCUAUAACCCUCAUCAACUCCCACUCCAACCCAACACUCUCUUGCACCCUUUCCCUCCUCACAAAGAUGAACACCACAAGGACCAAAACAACACUGUCCCAAUGAACUUCCAAAUCCAAAGAGAUCAACGCCACCAGCAACUGCCCCAGCUCAUUGAUCCCUGGACCAACGACGAACUCCUUGCGCUCUUGAGGAUCAGAUCUAGCAUGGAGAGUUGGUUCCCAGAACUCACUUGGGAACAUGUCUCAAGGAAGCUGGCAGAGCUUGGAUAUAAAAGGAGUGCAGAGAAGUGCAAGGAGAAAUUUGAAGAAGAAAGUAGAUACUUCAACAACAACAUUAAUUACGGCAAGAAUAACAACAAUUAUCGCUUCCUCAGUGAGCUUGAACAGCUUUACCAUCAAGGGGGUGCUGAUCAUCUCGGGACCCAAGAAAAGACCCAGCAACACAAACAAGACAAGAUGGACCACCAUCCCUUGGAAGAAGGGGAUUCUGGAAAACUUGAGGCGCCGGUCACAAAACAAACCCACGAUGUUGAUGAUGAUGCUGCAGCGGAAAAGAAUCAGGGACGCAAGAGAAAGAGGCCCGGUAGGUUUGAAAUGUUCAAGGGUUUUUGUGAGAGCAUUGUGCACAAGAUGAUGGCACAGCAAGAAGAGAUGCACAACAAGCUCCUCGAGGACAUGAUGAAGAGAGAUGAAGAGAAGUUCACGAGAGAGGAAGCUUGGAAGAAGCAAGAGAUGGAGAAGAUGAACAAGGAGCUCGAGAUGAUGGCUCGUGAACAAGCCAUUGCAGGUGAUAGACAGACCAACAUUAUUCAAAUACUGAACAAAUUCUCAGUCCCUCCUGCUUCAAACAAGAGUCUCAAGGUAGUAAGCAAUGGUUCAAACCUAAAAUCUCACACUACGAAAAACCCUAAUCCUUCACAAAACAUCCCAGCUACAACAGAAAACCCUACCUCCAGUCUUGCACAAGACACAUUACAACUUAUUACGAAUCCUUCUACUUCUUCCUCUUCAGUUCAGGUUCCUCAGCCCAACCCUAGUUCUUCCUCUCUAAAUAGCCAGAAUAACAUAAACCCAGCAGAGAGAAAUUCAGUUUUGAAUAAAAGCUUGUCACCAAACGUUGGUGGUGAGAAAGACGAUGUUGGGAGAAGGUGGCCAAAGGACGAAGUGUUAGCACUGAUAAACCUGAGGUGCAGCAGUGUGAGCAACAACAGCAACAGCAAUGAGGAGAAGGAAGGGAACAAGGUGCCUCUGUGGGAGAGAAUCUCACAAGGGAUGUCGGAGUUAGGAUACAGGAGGAGUGCAAAGAGGUGCAAAGAGAAGUGGGAGAACAUAAACAAGUACUUCAGAAAAACCAAGGAUGUUAACAAGAAGAGGUCCCUUGACUCAAGGACUUGUCCCUACUUUCAUCAAUUGAGCAGUCUCUAUAAUGAAGGAAAACUUGUUCUACAAUCCGAAAAACCAGAAAGCCACACGAAUAAUCCACCUGAGAAUAAUCUGGAGCAAGUGCAACCAGAUCAAACACGAGCCGAGUCUUCUUCUCAAGUGGGGUCUGGUGGUUUCAGUGUGCAGCAGCAGGUUGAUCAUGGAGGUGAGAAAACCUUGAUGCAAGUACCUUCUUUGGAUUUUGAUCAGUUUUAAUUCAUUGAUUUGUCCAGGCACAAAAAUAAUAACGAGUACCAACUCUUUUGUAACUUCUGUGUUUUUGUUUUUUUGGUUGAUGCUGGUUUUCUUUAUAAUAUAUAUAUAUAUCUAUAUAUAUAUAUAGCAUAUAAAAUUGAUUAUUGUAUAUCCGAAAAGCUUAGAAUUUGGGUGGCACCGACAGCUAUAGCUAGUUUGAGGAAUGAGAACAAUUAAUAUUUCUAUUCCUGUGUAAGUGUGAUAUUUAUGUUGUAUUUUACUUUAUCUUAGUGAGGGGAAUCAAUUGAUGUUUGAUAUUUGUUUU